CAUGCUUGGCCUUGAUCACCCUAGCAGUUGUCUAUGCAGCACUAUGGAGGUACAUCAGAUCUGAGAGGUCAAUAAUUCUAAUCAAUUUCUGCCUGUCUAUUAUCUCAUCAAAUAUCCUUAUCCUGGUUGGACAAACUCAGACGCAUAACAAGGGCAUCUGCACCACAACCACCGCAUUUUUACACUUCUUCUUCUUAGCUUCAUUCUGUUGGGUUUUGACAGAAGCGUGGCAGUCAUAUAUGGCUGUUACUGGAAAAAUUAGGACACGGCUCAUAAGGAAACGUUUCCUGUGCCUUGGAUGGGGUUUACCAGCAUUAGUGGUUGCAAUAUCAAUAGGCUUUACCAAGACAAAAGGAUAUGGAACAGCCCACUAUUGUUGGCUGUCUCUUGAAGGAGGGCUGCUUUAUGCUUUCGUUGGACCUGCAGCUGCUGUCGUCUUGGUCAACAUGGUGAUUGGCAUUUUGGUAUUUAAUAAACUUGUUUCCAGAGAUGGAAUCCUAGAUAAAAAGCUCAAACACAGAGCGGGUCAGAUGAGUGAGCCUCAUAGCGGUUUGACGCUCAAAUGUGCCAAGUGUGGAGUAGUUUCAACAACAGCUUUGUCAGCCACCACCGCCAGUAAUGCCAUGGCAUCCCUUUGGAGUUCCUGUGUGGUGUUGCCACUUCUGGCGCUGACUUGGAUGUCUGCAGUUCUGGCCAUGACAGACAAAAGAUCAAUACUAUUUCAGAUACUUUUUGCAGUAUUUGAUUCAUUACAAGGCUUUGUUAUUGUCAUGGUCCAUUGUAUUCUGCGAAGGGAGGUUCAAGAUGCAUUCAGAUGUCGACUGAGAAAUUGCCAGGAUCCAAUCAAUGCAGAUUCUUCAAGUUCUUUUCCUAAUGGACAUGCUCAAAUCAUGACUGAUUUUGAAAAGGACGUGGACAUUGCUUGUCGGUCAGUUCUGCAUAAAGACAUUGGACCUUGCAGAGCAGCUACUAUAACAGGAACACUUUCUAGAAUUUCACUAAACGAUGAAGAGGAGGAGAAAGGACCAAACCCUGAAGGAAUGAGCUAUUCUACCUUGCCUGGAAACAUCAUCUCCAAAGUCAUCAUCCAGCAACCAACAGGUCUCCACAUGCCUAUGAGUAUGAGUGAACUGGCCAAUCAGUGCUUGAAAAAAGACAACAGUGAGUUGCGGAGGACUGUGUAUUUAUGCACUGAUGAUAAUUUGAGAGGUGCAGAUAUGGACAUAGUCCAUCCUCAAGAACGGAUGAUAGAAAGCGACUACAUAGUCAUGCCCCGGGGCUCAGUAAAUACCCAGCCAUCACUGAAAGAUGAGAGCAAAAUGAAUAUAGGCAUGGAUACGUUGCCUCAUGAAAGGCUGUUGCACUACAAAGUUAAUCCAGAGUUCAAUAUGAAUCCUUCUGUAAUGGACCAAUUUAAUAUCAGUUUAGACCAGCAUAUUCCCACCCAAGAACAUAUGCAGAGUUUACCAUUUGAGCCCCGCACAGCAGUGAAGAAUUUCAUUGCCUCAGAGCUGGAUGACAAUGCAGGAUUAUCGAGAAGUGAAACUGGAUCCACGAUAUCAAUGAGCUCUUUAGAGAAGGUCAUGCAUACAAGAAAGAGGCACAUGGAAUUGUUUCAAGAGUUAAAUCAGAAAUUUCAGACACUGGACAGAUUCCGGGAUGUACCAAAAUCAGGCAGUAUGGAGAACUCGGCACCGAACAAGGCUCCAUGGGACAGUUACAAAACCACAGGCGACUACCAACACUAUACAACGAUAAAUGUAUUAGACACAGAGGCAAAAGAUGCUUUAGAACUCAGACCAGCAGAAUGGGAGAAGUGUCUGAACUUGCCUUUAGAUGUGCAAGAAGGUGACUUUCAAACAGAAGUUUAACAAAUAUGAAAACAAACUGAACAAAACAAAAACAAAAGAAAAAUAAUUCAUUGCACUGACAAUAAAGAGACUUUGGGAAUCCUGACGCUCCUGUCUGAACAUUGAGACUACUUUAUGUCAGGCUCUUCCUGUGCCAAAUGUCAGUGGUUUUUUUUCGUACAGUAUAUUCCCACUAGUGCAGCUAGUGGAGAACCAGGUGUACAAUUCUUACCAUCGUGUGUUGUAAGUACCCGUGGAAUGGAUUUGUAAGGUAAUCUUUAUAGAUAAACCUCAAGCAACGAUUCAUGUUGUAACGGCUUCAUUUGGUUUAGUUUUCAAAAAACUUCACCAUGAAGCACAAUGUACAUAUUUAUGCAGUUUUUAAAGUUUAUAACAGUCUGUUUGGCCAUUACUACACUUUUUACUUUAUAAUAUAAAAGCAAAGUUUUUGUCAUUAAAUGAAUGUCUGUUGAGCUACAUUCUUCAUUGCUUUAAAUGCAAUAAAGUAAUAAUCUCACUUUUAUAUGAAUAAUAUAUUUCACAUCUUUAUUAUUGCAGUUUUCUCUGGAAAGCUCAGAGUAGCUUUCUCUGCUGCAGCUGUGUAUAAAAUAUUUAAAAUGUUGUAUGGUGUAAAUAAACCUUUGUCUACA